AUCACUAACGACGUUCACUUGUUUCCCCCUCCAGCCGACUUUAAACCCGAAGUUGCCCGAAGAUCUCGGCCUGCGCCUUCGCAUCCUCUAGCUGGUACGCUACGUCACAGUAAAGUAUGUGCUCUCGAGUGUAGAAAAUGGCUGCUGCGCUCUCGGUGUCCUCGGGUAAGCGCGAAUGUAAAUACGGGCUGUUGUGGCUCGUUAUUGCUGUGUUUAUUGCUAAAAAUACUGGAGUAUAUGGAAUAGAUUGUUACUGCGACGGCUACUGCAGCGGAGACCAACAAAAUGGAACCUGCAGACUCAGCCCAGGAAGCUUCUGCUUCAGCUCAGUCGACGAAGUGUGGGACGCGGAGCUUAAAGAAUACGUUCCUGAGUAUUCCUUCGGAUGUCUCUCCAGAGACGAUGAGAGCGCAUUUUUGCAAUGCAAGGGCUCGUCAAUCCCCAGGUUGAAGACGAAGACAGUGAUCUGUUGCAACGAAACGGACCUCUGCAACAGAGACGUCUUUCCUGAGUACAUUGCGCCCUCUACCUCCGCCCCGGAGACGAUGUCAGUGAACUCCAGCUUUCCGCUGAUGGUAAUCGCGGCGACAUUGUCCGUUUGCUGCGUCGCGAUUCUGAUCACAGUGGUGAUCUUGUACAGGAAAUUCGGACGCAGAGAAAGAGACCCUUGCUUAGUAUCCUCCCAGGGGACGCUCAAAGACUUGAUCGAGCAAAGCUCAGGAUCUGGCUCCGGACUGCCGUUGCUCGUCCAGCGGACCAUUGCGAAGCAGCUCGCGCUUUCGCAGUGCGUCGGUAAAGGCAGGUUCGGAGAAGUUUGGCUCGCUAGGUGGCGCGGCGAAAAGGUUGCGGUUAAGGUGUUCUUCACCCUAGAGGAGGCUUCUUGGUUUAGAGAGACCGAGAUCUACCAGACGGUCCUCAUGCGCCAUGACAAUAUUCUUGGGUUCAUUGCUGCUGACAUCAAAGGAACUGGAACCUGGACCCAGAUGUUGCUGAUCACUGAUUAUCACGAACGCGGAUCUCUUCAUGAUUAUCUUCAGACUACUGUUCUAGAUCACUCCAGUUUGUUCACUAUUUGCUUGUCCAUCGCUUCUGGGAUUGCUCACCUUCAUACGGAGAUUUUUGGCACUCGCGGAAAACCUGCGAUAGCUCAUCGGGAUAUCAAGAGCAGGAAUAUUUUGGUUAAGAGGAAUGGAGAGUGUGUUAUCGCUGACUUUGGUCUUGCUGUCAGAUUCGUUAGCGAUAAAUUUAUUACUAGUGAGACGGGAGAAAUAGAUAUCGCACCGAAUACUAGAGUAGGAACCCGACGAUACAUGGCUCCAGAAGUAUUAGACGAGAGCCUUAACAUAACGUCAUUCGACGCAUUCAAGAUGGCGGACAUGUACUCCGUGGGACUGGUGCUUUGGGAGGUGUGCAGAAGAUGCGUCUCCGGAGGAAAAGUCACAACUGCGGAACCUUACGCGCUUCCGUACCACGACGUCGUGCCCAGUGAUCCCAACUUUGAGGAUAUGAGGCUUGCAAUUUGCGUAAAGAGGCUCAGGCCAGUUAUUCCUACGCGCUGGGAACUCGAUCCCGUUCUAUUCGCUCUCAGCAAAGUGAUGACAGAAUGUUGGCACAGUAACCCAGCAGUGCGACUGACGGCUCUCAGGGUAAAGAAAUCUCUGUCGAAGCUCCACAUCGGCAACGCCAUCAAGAUAGUUUAGUUAACCCCUAAAUCCUUAUUAAUUAACAAAAAAUUUAUCUGUAAAUAUUUCUUCGACUAAAUUUUUUAUCAUAUAUAUAUAUAUUAAUUACGUAGACAUUCAUAUAUUAAUUAUAUAUAAAUAAUAUACUCCCGUGUAAAUAAUUGUCACCGUUAUAUAAAUGUAAAUAGGACCGCGAGACUGCAGCAGAAGACUGAGGUUACACUUAAAAAAAAAUUUGUAACGUAUGCGUGAGUGAAUGUGAUUUUAUUUUUAAAAUUGUACAUACUAUUGUUCCACGCGAUGUAUUGCAAUUACUUUUUUUUAAUACCUCGGUACCAGAAAAAUUAAUUUUUUUUUUUUUACAAUGGUACCGGCAAUUAACGUGCCUACUCGAGAGGUUCGAUUAGUCACAAUAAUAAUUAUUAAUAAUGAGCAUUAAUUUAUUUCUACAAAAAUAAAUUAACGCGCCUUGAUUUAUCGAACUUUCUCUCGACUCCGGUCAUUAUUGUUAACUAAUUAUUAAUUUUUAGUUUUUCUAUUAUUAAUUAAUUUUAUUAUGUAUAAUUAAUAAAAUGAGUAUGAGUAAUUAAUAAAAUGCAGGAUACUCACUGACUUUUAUUGUAAUUAACAGUUGCUGCCUAAAAUGGACUUAAAUUACUAUAAUUAAUAAAUAAUAAUUGAUAUUAAUUAUUAUUUUUAAAUUAACGAGCUUUUGCUCUAAAGUUCAUUAUUAAUAUAGUACAAUUGUAAUUUUUUUGUACAGGCGCUCUUUGCGUAGAUAUAUUGUUAUAAGCCCAGAAAUUCCCGGCAGCGCCCUCUACGUUUUAAUUAUUUAAAUUAUUAUCAAGGGCGAUUUUAAAUUGGUGAUUAAAAAAUAAUUAAAGCGUUGGUUGGAAAAUUAAAAGUAGGGAUGGAAUCUUGCCAUCUUAUAGAUUUAAAAAAAAAUUAUAAGCAGUGGAUAAUUAUUUUAAAAUAAAAGUUAUGAAGAAAAUAAAUCUUGAGGUGAGAGGUGGAAAAAAAAUGGCGGCUUUUAAUUUUUUGUACCGGCGCUCUUUAAGUAGAUAUAUUGUUAAAAGCCCGGAAAUUCCCGGCAGCGCCCCCUACGUUUUAAUUAUUUAAAUUAUUAUCAAGGGCGAUUUUAAAUUGGUGAUUAAAAAAUAAUUAAAGCGUUGGUUGGAAAAUUAAAAGUAGGGAUGGAAUCUUGCCAUCUCCUAGAUUUUAAAAAAAAUUACAAGCAGUGGAUAAUUAUUUUAAAAUAAAAGUUAUGAAGAAAAUAAAUCUUGAAGUGAGAGUUGGAAAAAAAAUGGCGGCUUGUAAUUUUUUUUUUUAAUAGGGGGCGUGGCAGUCUGUAGUUUUGUAAUUCGGUCAAGUUGUUUUCUUACAAGUUAAGCUUGUAAUGUUGUUAAAUAGUUAGAGUUCUGUAAUUAUGAUAAUUAAAUAAAUUCAUGUAUAAAUAUAAAUAAAUUUGAUUUCAUUUUAAA